GUCAAAGCACUCACUGGACCCGCCUCAGGUAUUCCUGAGGAGUCCUCGGAGGUACGCUGGGAUCGAAACCUUCGGUCAAAUCGCAGGGCUCCACUGGCAACAGCCGGGGCAUCAACUCUUCCACAGCGGACUCCGCAGGGGAGGUGUGGUUUGUGGUUCUUGGAUUCACCUAGAGCCCUAGGGUAAAGGAUGCCCUAGAGGACGCCUCCAUGUCUCCGGAGGCGGCACCAGCCAUGUUGGUCCAGCGGAGUUCUUCGCCGAGGCAGGGGGCGGGGCAGCGCCGGCCCUGAUUGCGGUGCCACGGCGGCUGCGGCCCCGCGCGGAGGACUGGUUUUGUGAGGCGGACCCUGCGACAGGCGCAGAUCUCGUACUGGGUGUUACUGUGAAAUAAGAAUAAAGCUCUACAAUGACAACCUACUUGGAAUUCAUUCAACAAAAUGAAGAACGAGAUGGAGUCCGAUUUAGUUGGAAUGUUUGGCCAUCAAGUCGACUAGAAGCUACAAGAAUGGUUGUUCCAGUAGCAGCCCUAUUUACACCACUGAAGGAGAGACCGGAUCUGCCACCUAUUCAAUAUGAACCUGUCCUGUGUAGUAGGACCACUUGCCGUGCAGUUUUGAAUCCCUUAUGUCAAGUGGAUUAUCGAGCAAAACUCUGGGCUUGCAACUUUUGUUAUCAAAGGAAUCAGUUUCCACCGACUUACGCUGGUAUAUCUGAACUGAACCAACCUGCUGAACUUUUACCUCAGUUUUCCAGCAUUGAAUAUGUAGUUCUGCGUGGUCCUCAGAUGCCUUUGAUAUUCCUCUAUGUGGUUGAUACUUGCAUGGAAGAUGAAGAUUUACAAGCCUUGAAAGAAUCUAUGCAGAUGUCAUUAAGUCUUUUGCCACCGACAGCUUUGGUUGGACUUAUUACUUUUGGGAGAAUGGUGCAGGUUCAUGAACUUGGAUGUGAGGGCAUUUCAAAAAGCUAUGUCUUCAGAGGAACAAAAGAUCUGUCUGCCAAACAACUGCAGGAAAUGCUGGGGCUCUCUAAAGUACCAGUUACUCAAGCAACACGUGGUCCUCAGGUACAACAGCCACCUCCUUCCAAUAGAUUCUUGCAGCCAGUACAGAAAAUAGACAUGAAUCUCACAGAUCUUCUGGGAGAACUGCAGCGAGACCCUUGGCCUGUACCACAGGGAAAGAGACCCUUGCGUUCCUCUGGGGUGGCACUUUCCAUAGCUGUAGGACUGCUUGAGUGUACCUUUCCCAACACUGGUGCUCGUAUCAUGAUGUUCAUUGGUGGUCCAGCCACUCAGGGGCCUGGAAUGGUGGUUGGAGAUGAGCUGAAGACACCUAUAAGAUCAUGGCAUGACAUUGAAAAAGAUAAUGCCAAAUAUGUUAAAAAGGGAACUAAGCAUUUUGAAGCAUUGGCUAAUCGAGCUGCUACGACUGGUCAUGUUAUUGAUAUCUAUGCAUGUGCAUUAGAUCAGACAGGUCUUCUGGAGAUGAAAUGCUGUCCUAACCUUACUGGAGGAUACAUGGUAAUGGGCGACUCUUUCAACACUUCCUUAUUCAAGCAGACUUUUCAAAGAGUCUUUACCAAAGAUAUGCAUGGACAGUUUAAAAUGGGCUUUGGUGGUACAUUAGAAAUAAAGACUUCAAGGGAAAUAAAGAUUUCAGGAGCUAUUGGACCCUGUGUGUCUCUCAAUUCUAAAGGACCCUGUGUGUCUGAAAAUGAGAUAGGAACAGGUGGCACUUGUCAAUGGAAGAUAUGUGGACUCAGUCCCACUACAACCUUAGCCAUAUAUUUUGAAGUUGUCAACCAGCAUAAUGCUCCAAUUCCUCAAGGAGGGCGUGGUGCAAUCCAGUUUGUGACUCAGUAUCAGCAUUCAAGUGGGCAGAGACGUAUCCGAGUGACUACCAUUGCUAGGAACUGGGCAGAUGCUCAAACGCAAAUCCAAAACAUCGCUGCGUCUUUUGACCAGGAGGCAGCUGCCAUUCUUAUGGCUCGGCUGGCAAUAUACAGAGCAGAAACAGAAGAGGGUCCUGAUGUGCUUAGAUGGCUGGACAGACAGCUCAUUCGACUGUGUCAGAAAUUUGGCGAGUAUCACAAAGAUGAUCCAAGUUCCUUCAGAUUUUCUGAAACUUUCUCCCUUUAUCCACAGUUUAUGUUUCAUUUGAGAAGAUCUCCUUUCCUGCAAGUUUUUAACAAUAGUCCUGAUGAGAGUUCAUAUUAUCGUCACCAUUUUAUGCGUCAAGAUUUGACCCAGUCUCUGAUCAUGAUUCAGCCUAUCCUGUAUGCGUAUUCUUUUAGUGGACCACCAGAGCCGGUUCUUCUCGAUAGCAGCAGCAUACUUGCAGAUCGUAUUCUCCUCAUGGACACAUUCUUCCAGAUUCUGAUUUAUCAUGGUGAGACCAUAGCUCAGUGGCGCAAGUCAGGAUACCAGGACAUGCCAGAAUAUGAAAAUUUCCGCCACCUUCUGCAAGCUCCAGUGGAUGACGCACAGGAGAUCCUUCACUCCAGAUUCCCCAUGCCGAGAUACAUCGACACUGAACAUGGGGGCAGCCAGGCUCGUUUCCUGCUUUCAAAAGUCAACCCUUCACAAACUCAUAAUAAUAUGUAUGCCUGGGGACAGGAGUCUGGAGCACCUAUUCUCACAGAUGAUGUUAGUUUACAGGUGUUUAUGGAUCACUUGAAGAAACUUGCUGUGUCAAGUGCUGCUUGAUGUGCUAAACAUACUAAGGACACUUAAGAGGAUGAAGUAAUAUUUCAAUUUCUUCUUUUUUCCCUUUUUUCAAUUAAUCUGUGGAAACCAACAGAGAGAUCUCUCUAUACUCUGUAUUAAUAUGGUUUGAGACAACAUAUGGAAAAAUGUUCAUGUUUGUAGAUUAAGCUAGACUAUAAGAGCAAUGAGAACAAAUUUUUUUGCUUGCCACAGUAUUAUAACUGGUUUUAGAAAUUUGAGGUCUUUAUAACUUAAUUAUGUUAAAAAGUAAAAAGAGAGUCUGCCUUGUGCUAUAGAGACACUUAUUUGUAUAUUGCAGACAAAUCCAGAGUGGCACUGAGUGUUCUUGACUUUUUGAAAACUUGUUUCUUAAUUUUAAUAAGAACGUAAACAAACUCAUCAACAGUAAAGAUAAAUGUGAACAUUUUUGCCUAUUCAUAUAAUAUUUUUCCAUAAUUUUCAGCACUUAUAUGUACACUUUUUCUGUACUUAUUCUGUUAGGGCAGAUUUAUUUUUAUUAUGAUUUGUUUAGGAAUUAUUUGACAUAAUGUGUGGUAAUUUUCAUGAAGAUAAUUUAAUGUUUUUGGUCAUUUGAAAAAAAUAGUUUAUAGAUGAAAGUUUUUUGGGAUAACAAUUCCACAACUGGCAACAAAUGUAAAAGUCCCACAAAGUACCCAACUUACACGAUUAAACAUGAUAAUUUUUUAAAAAGGGAGAUAGAAAAUAAAGUUUGGUCAGAGUGCAUUUUAGAAAGCCUUUGCAGUAAAAUGGCUGUUGUAACUUCUAAACCAAAUUUGGUAUUCACUGCAUGGUUUUGUUGUUUCCCCUUAUUUUUCUGAGGUAAAUUUUAUGUUAUAUCUUUCAGUAUUUUAAACUAUUUUGGGAGUUUACACGUUACUUUUUGUUUUUGCUUCCAUUUUGUGAAAUUUAUUAAGUUGUAGUUCUUAUUGAAACAGUAUUAUCUAGUAUUUUGUUGAAGUGUAUCAUGUGGUGAUGCUCAUUCUACUUUGAUUUAUUCAUUAGUAUCAUUCACUUUUACCUUUUAACGUUUACUUCUAGCAAAUGUUUACAUUGCUAAAGCCAGAUAUGUUUGACAAUGAAAUUUACAUCAAGUACUGCAAAUAAAAGGUGGUGCUAUGAUAUGUGCUUAGGACAGUUUGAUGAUUGUACUUGCAUGAACACAAUCAUUUGACAGUAAAAUAGAAACUUUAAAAAAUGUUUAUAAGUUAUAUUCAAUUAGAGUAAAUAAAUUGCUCUGUUCCGUUUUAUUUGAAUUGAACUGUGCUAGGCCUAAACACCAAUAAAAUAUACUUUUCCUCUGUU